GCAACCCAUCAAAGACUGAAUGGGAAGAUUCGACUCCAUUUGUCUAUCAUCAUCUACCACAAUUCGUCGGACUGCUCCAAUCCACUAACAUACGGGGUGCGAGUGGUCGUUGUUUAAGUACCCGCAACAUUCCCCAACUCUCCACAUAACCUUGUUUCACAAUGUCAACUACCGCCAGCCAUGGCUACUCGGCCAGGCAGCCGUACACUCGAAAUCAUUCUCACUCCAUCUCCUUGGGCUCCUACAAUCCGACGCACCGUGUGACGCGGCGGAAGAGCAUGACGACCAACCCGGCGGGUAAUCCCGCUGCGUUGGCGGCGGCGGUCAAGGAGGCAGACGAUGGCUUAAGCACUGUGGCAUCGGUCAACCGCCGAAGCAUUUCCUCAAAGGACACAACUAACCCCAAGAACCUGGAGCCAACCAUAAAGGAUGAGAAGUCUGAUGCGAGCAAGUACCCUUCGCCGCCCGGCAGCCUACCCAGUCACGAGAAUGGCUUUGGCAAAUACCACCUCGAUCGCAACUCUGCUGGAAGCAAAGAUGCCCGAAGUGCCGCGACCCCUCGCCCUGACAGCAAGGCCGCCGCGGCGCGCAUCAGACGGGCCAGCGAAGGGUCACACUUGGUCAAGGGAGACAAGAAGCCAGACCUGCGGUGCGAAAAAUGCGGGAAAAGCUACAAGCAUGGCAGUUGCCUUACGAAGCACUUAUGGGAACACACGCCCGAAUGGUCUUACACGUCGAAACUUCUCAUCUCCAAACACCAACAAGUUCAACUGCUCGAAGCGGCUUCCGUCCUGGUUGCCAUGAACCAGGAUGAUGAAACACCCGACCAAUCAAAUGCCAAUAUCGACAGCGACCAUUCCUCUGCAUCUCCUCCUGCCUCUGGCUCAUCCGCGCACCACGAUGGAAACAGCUCUGCCGACACCACGCCUCCGCCUCAUGGACCCGAGUCUGUCCCCGUGUCGUUUCCUGUCAAGACUGGUCGCGUCGGUCGCCCCAAACGCCUCAGCGUUACUCAUUCUGGCCUCUCGCGUUCGUUCCAAAACAUGCCGCUGAGCCAUUUGCACGCUGGCAGCGCGCCUUCGCGGUCUCACGCAUUCUCUCAUCGCAGGCAAAAUAGCUCUGAUCAGCGGCUCCAAGCAUCUGGAAGCGCCAUCGUUGGAAGCUACAUUCCUGAUGAGGACGAGGCGGGUCUUUCUGCUGCGCUGGAGUUGCUGAGCUCCAGCUUUGGCACGCCGAGAACUCGGCCUUCCACCCUCCCGGCGGAUGUGCCUCCCGUGCCGCCACUACCGGCACGCUACCUUGAUCACAACGGCCAACCGUCGUCCGUUUCCAAUGUGCAUGGCUCUGACCAAGUCGGAUCCAAUGCUCGCUCCCAGACGCCCGGCAACAACGAUGUCGAGAUGGUCGAGAGCGAAGAGUUUGAGGACGACGAAUACGAACGAUCCGUGUCCCGCGGACGCAGCGACGAAGACGACGACGGCGUUUUUGGCGGAAUGGAGGAGUGAAUACGCAUUUCUCCGUGCAGAACAAGCGUUUUGCGCUGGGCUAUGCAUCUCUACCCCCCCGUUUAGCCCGUGUAUUUUUUCUUCUUCUUCUUCUUCUUCUUCUUCUAUGAUGUUGUCAGAUUAUAUCAUUGCCGGUGCCUAAGGUUCAGACUCUUUUUGU